AAAAUUAAAUUACCAAGUUUGGCCAAUAAUCGGAAUAUCGGAUAACCCGAGGAACUUCAUACUUCUUAGCGACAUGCCACUGUCAUUGCCACUUCGCUCACUCUCCUCUCACCACUCCUCUUUCAACAUUUCCUCACUCUCUCUCCGCCUUCUCACCCACCUCCACCGCUCCAUGGCCACCGCCGCCGCCGCUGAGCCCACCAUAUGCCCAUCAAACACCCGAGUGGGCUGGAUCGGCACCGGCGUCAUGGGCCGCUCAAUGUGCGCCCACCUCAUCAACGCCGGAUACACCCUCACCGUCUUCAACCGCACUCUCUCCAAGGCCCAGCCCCUUCUCGACAUGGGGGCCCACCUGGCCCACUCCCCUCUCGCCGUCGCCUCCCAAUCCGACGUCGUCUUCUCCAUCGUCGGCUUCCCCUCCGACGUCCGCUCCGUCCUCCUCGACCCCUCUUCCGGCACCCUCGCCGGCCUCCGCCCCGGCGGCGUCCUCGUCGACAUGACCACCUCGGAGCCCUCCCUCGCCGCCGAAAUCUCCUCCGCCGCUGCCUCCAAAGGUUGCUCCUCCAUCGACGCGCCCGUCUCCGGCGGCGAUCGCGGAGCCAAGAACGGAACCCUAGCAAUCUUCGCCGGCGGUGAAGAAUCCGUCAUACACCGUCUGAAUCCUCUUUUCUCUCUCCUAGGGAAGGUCAAUUACAUGGGUGGACCGGGGAGAGGGCAGUUCGCGAAGCUGGCGAACCAGAUCACCAUAGCCUCCACCAUGGUGGGGCUGGUGGAAGGGAUGAUCUACGCCCACAAGGCGGGUCUCGACGUGGCUAUGUUCCUGGACGCCAUAUCCACCGGCGCGGCGGGGUCGAAGUCGCUGGAUUUGUACGGAGCGAGGAUUCUGAAGAGGGAUUUCGAGCCGGGAUUCUUCGUGAACCACUUCGUCAAGGAUUUGGGAAUUUGCUUGAAGGAGUGCCAGAAUUUGGGGCUUGGUCUUCCGGGUUUGGCUCUGGCUCAGCAGCUUUACCUCUCGCUUAAGGCUCACGGGGAAGGGAAUUUGGGGACCCAAGCGCUGAUUCUGGCUCUUGAGCGGCUCAACAAUGUUUCCCUUGAAUCUGGGGGUUGUUCUUCUUCUCCGGCUCCGGCAAAUUAGAGAUUUGGUGAGUUAGAUACAGAGAUCAGUGACUGAGUAAGUGUUAAAAAAGUUUCAUACAAGUUUAGUAUGUGAAUUGUACUCUGUUUAUUGUGUCAAGUUCAAGUCUCUCUCUUUUCACCGAAAAGUUUGGAUCUUUCUCGUGCUGAUUUUUUUGGUGUUUUAACAUGAAGUAAAGUAAAUUACUGUGGCGUUUCGAAAGUAUUUUGUGUAGUGAUACUGGAAACUUUGAAAAGUGAAAAAUGUGCAUUUAGCAGAUAUAUAUAAUAUAUACAGCAAAU